AUUAGAAAAAACGUCUGACUCGAAAAAAGGUUCAGGUGGAUUUGCUUCCAAAAGUAGACGUGAAGGUUUCAUGAGUGGUGCAUUAAGUGCUCCAGCACCCACAGCGUAUAAUAUUUCAAGUAAACUUGGUACUGGUCAGCAUGAUUUUAAUCGAGCUAAAUAUUCCAGUAUGUUUCAAAAGCCUAUUGCUGAACGACCUUUGUCAUCAAAAUCAUCAAUUCCAGCUCCAAAUCAAUAUGAUGUUCAUAGAGGAUUAAGAAGAACAGGAAAAUCAAAUAAUGUUUCAGCACAAGCAGCUUUUCGAUCACAUACAAAACGAUCUGUUCCAGUGAAUAAACAUUUCAUAACACCUGCUCCUGAUACAUAUAAUGUAAAUGAUGCUGCUACUCGAACAUUAAGACCUAUUCAUCAAUCAAGUUUUAAAUCAACAUCAAAACGUGAUACAUUCAGUUCUAAAUCGACCACUGAAAUACCAGGUCCAGCUGAUUAUCGACCAUUUGAAAAAAUAACCGAAGAACCUCAACGACAAAUAUUUCCACGUCAUCCUUAUUUAACCAUUUCUGCUCCAGCUAUUCCACCUCCACCUGAUGCUCCAUUUCCUGGUCCAGGAGCUUAUGAAAUUUGUGGUUUUAAAGAAGUUGAAAAGAAAUAUAUGACAUCAGCUGCAUUUGUUUCCAAUACAAGUCGAUGGGCACUUGAUACAAUAGCAGCAGCUGAACAACCUGGUCCAGCUUCAUAUACACCACGCGCAGUACCAAAACAAACAUUUAAUUUUAAUUUUGAACGAAAAUGGAUUUGA